AUGGACAACGCCGAAAAGCUUCAGCAAGAAAACCGCCCUCUUUACCUCCUCCACGGAAUAGUAGGCAGUAAGGAUAGCAUUUUCCUCAUCGGGAACUUGAGUCAAAAUCAAGCUCCCCCCCAACGGCCGCCGGGCACCUUCCCUACCACUAGCAAAAGCUCAUCGCCUCCACCUGUUCGUCCCAAUGGGCGGCGAUGGCAGCGCCAAGACUCCCGCGGCCACCAUGACCGUCGAGUCAUCGCCGUCGUCCUCAACGGCUCAGCCGACUUCGGUGCUGGCGUCCGUGCUGCUGUCGUACGCGUACGUGGCCCUGUGGAUCAGCCUGAGCUUCACGGUGAUCGUGUACAACAAGUACAUCCUGGACCCCAAGAUGUACGACUGGCCCUUCCCCAUCUCCCUCACCAUGAUCCACAUGGCCUUCUGCGCCUCCCUCGCCGCCGUGCUCGUCCGCGUCCUCCGCCUCGUCGACCUCCCCUCCGACCCUCCCAUGACCUCCUCCCUCUACGUCGCCACCGUCGUGCCCAUCGGCGCGCUGUACGCGCUCUCCCUCUGGUUCUCCAACUCCGCCUACAUCUACCUCUCCGUCUCCUUCAUCCAGAUGCUCAAGGCGCUCAUGCCCGUCGCCGUCUACUCCCUCGCCGUCGCCUUCCGCACCGACUCCUACCGCAGGGCCUCCAUGCUCAACAUGCUCGCCAUCUCCGCGGGCGUCGCCGUCGCCGCGCUCGGCGAGGCGCGCUUCGACGUCUUCGGCGUCACGCUCCAGCUCGCCGCCGUCGCCGCCGAGGCCACGCGCCUCGUGCUCAUCCAGAUGCUGCUCACCUCCAGGGGAAUCAAGCUCAACCCCAUCACCUCGCUCUACUACAUCGCGCCCUGCUGCCUGCUCUUCCUCGCCGUGCCGUGGACGGUCGUCGAGCUGCCGAGGUUGCGCGCAGCGGGAAAUACUGUCAGCCCGGACCUGCUCGUGUUCGGCACAAACUCCCUCUGCGCGUUCGCGCUCAACCUGGCAGUGUUCCUGCUGGUGGGGAAGACGUCCGCGCUGACCAUGAACGUGGCAGGGGUGGUCAAGGACUGGCUCCUCAUCGCCUUCUCCUGGACCGUCAUCAAGGAUACCGUCACGGCCGUCAACCUCGCCGGCUACGCCAUCGCCUUCCUCGGCGUAGCCUACUACAACCACGCCAAGCUGCAGGGGCUCAAGGCAAAGGAGGCCGAGAGGAAGGCGGCUUCCAUAUCGCCCGCCAUGGAGGAGGAUGCAGAGGCCGGUAA